GGGACGCGGUGCUCGCUGGACCCGCGGGCGAGUUCUGUCCUCACAGUGACGAUAAAAUCCUCGUCCCCGCAGGGCCCACGGAGGUGGCACCACUGGUUCUGGGCCAGCUUGUGUGGUGUCCACGGUUUGCUCUCCUGCUAUCUGUUGGUGAGUCAAAACCCAGAGGAGACAAUUUUCAGCUGAGUUACUGACAAUGCAACUGCUGGAGUCAGUGUCCUUCAUAGAUGUAGCUAUAGACUUCCCUCAGGAAGAAUGGGCUCUCCUGGACACAUCCCAGAGAAAGCUGUUCAGAGAUGUGAUGCUGGAGAUUAUCAAUCAUCUAGUCUCAGUGGCAGGAUAUCAGAUCUUCAAAUCAGAUAUGCUUUCUCAUUUGGAGCAAGGAGAGGAGCUGUGGAGAGAAGGAAACCUGAGUUCAGGCAAGGAAAGUGGCUCUAAAAAUCAAGAAAUGAUACCCAUGCAAUUUAUAUGCAGGAGAGACACAUCUGCCAUUACAUCAUUGAGAUCUUGCAUCAUUCCAAAGAAAUCCUUAAAGUGUAGUGAUUUGCAAGAAGAUUUCACUCACAGAUCCAAAGUGACUCAACGUGUUUUAACUCACAUGGGAAAGAGAACCUAUUUCAGCAAAGUAUUUGGAAAAGCCCUCAAUGACCAGUCAUCUUUUACUCAAAAUAAGGAAGUUCCUACUAGAGGUACAUCAUAUGAAUGUCAUCUAAGUGGCACAGCCUUUAUUCAAAAUUCUGGUCUUAGAGAGUACAAUGGUGAUAUUGGAGAGAAAAGCUAUGAUUGUCAUCUAUGUGGAAAAGCCUUCACUCAUUGUGCUGCCCUUAAACGACAUGAAAAAAGUCACAAUGGAGAGAAACCAUAUGAAUGUGAUCUUUGUGGGAAAGCGUUCCGUAGAUCUUUUCUCCUUAAACAACAUGACAGAAUUCACACUGGAGAGAAACCUUACGAAUGUCUACUAUGUGGGAAAUCCUACACUCAUUGUUCUGCCCUUAGACAACAUGAGAGAACUCACAAUGGAGAGAAGCCAUAUGAAUGUCAUCUAUGUGGGAAAGCCUUUAGUGCAUGUUGUCAUCUUAAAAAACAUGAGCGAGUUCACACUGGAGAGAAACCGUAUGAAUGUUAUCAAUGUGGGAAAGCCUUCACUCAUUGUUCUGCUCUUAGGCGACAUGAGAGAAUUCACACUGGGGAGAAACCACAUCAGUGUCAUCUAUGUGAAAAAGCCUUCACUCACUGUUCUGCCCUUAGACAGCAUGAGAGGACUCAUACUGGAGAGAAACCAUAUGAAUGUCAUCUAUGUGAAAAAGCCUUCAGUUCAUGUUCUCAUCUGAGAGAACAUGAGAGAACUCACACUGGAGAGAAACCAUAUGAAUGUCGUCUAUGUGGGAAAGCCUUUACUCAUUGUUCUUCUCUUAGGCGACAUGAGAGAAUUCACAAUGAAGAGAAACCAUAUAAAUGUCAUCUAUGUGGGAAAGCCUACACUCAUUGUUCUGGCCUUAGACGACAUGAAAAGAUUCAUACUGGAGAGAAACCAUAUGAAUGUAAUCAAUGUGGGAAAGCCUUCACUCAUUGUUCUACCCUAGUACAACAUGAGAGAACUCACACUGGAGAGAAACCGUAUGAAUGUCAUCUAUGUGGUAAAGCAUUCACUCGUGGUUCUGCCCUUACACGACAUAAGAGGACUCAUACUGGAGAGAAACUUUGAAGGCCCAUUGAUGUGGGAAAGCCUUCACUCAAUGUUCUCAUCUUAGACAAAGCAAAAGAACUUCCUUUGGAAGAAUGUCAUCAGUGUGGGAAAGCCUUAACUCAUUGUUAUUCCCUUAGGCAGCAUGAGGGAAUUCACAAUGAAGGGAAACCAAAAGAGUGUCAUCUUUCUGUAAAAAUAAUAUUUAGGCAACAUGAGAGAACCUACCAGGAGAGAAACCCUAUGAAUUUCUUCUAUUUAUGAAAGACAUUUCUCACUGUUUUGGCCUUACGGAACAUGGAACUCCCACUGUUAAGAAACCCCAUGAAUGACUUGUAUAUGAGAAAGACUUCACUCACUGAUCUGACCUUUGAUGAUACAUGAGGACUCAUCGGAGUGGAGCCUCAUGAAAGUCAUGUAUGUGGGAAAACUUUCACUAGUUCCAGCUUUAGAGGACAUGAAUAUCUCAGUUUAGAGAAAAAUCAUUACAAUAUCAUCCAUGUGGGAAAACUAAUUUAUUGUGGGAAAACUUUAAUUUAUUAUUUAACCCUAGACAACAUGAGAGAACUCAAACUGGAAGGAAACUCUAUGAAUUCCAUAUGUGUGGGAAAGCCUUCAGGUAUGAUCUGCCCUUAGACAAUAUGAGAGCACUCACACUCUAAAUGCUUUUAACAUAGAAGAGAUUUUAGCCAUAGAAUUAACUUCUAACAUGCCAGAAAACUAACACAUUGUGUAAAACAUUCUCAGGGUCAUGAAUGAAAAGAAGGCAUUAGUAAUCAGAGAUCACUUAUUCCUUUCUCAGCAUUAAUGUUCUGCCACUGAGGAGACAAUCCUCUAAUCAAAUGGGAAAACUUUCAGCUGGAUUUCACAUUGGAAAUCUCAGAUUGGAACAUAAAAGACUUUAUAAGUUCCUUCAGUACACAAUUUAGCAAAGAAUCCAGAAUUUUGAACAAGACAUAACUAUCAGAAACCCAUAAGAUUACAGUGUAUGAUUGUGAAGUGGCCUGGGAAUAGUGUAUUAAGAAUUUUGCAGGAAAUAAUAUGAAAUGGGAUUAAACUCAGAUUCAUAGUUGUGCAUAUAAAAGCAACAAAAUUAUUGCUGAAAAAAAACAAUAUUUUGGCCACAUACUAGUUGUUUUUUGUUUUCUGUUUUUUUGUGUAGCUGUAAAUAAAUAUUUGGAUCAGUCAAAAGAUAACUAUGACCAUUAACUGGAAACAUUUUAAACAGAAAAUUGUGUCUUAAUUAUUACCUUAGUGUUGUAAUGUGUAUGUUCAUGUUAAGGAUGAAGGCAAACAUGUAUAAAUAAGUACACUUUAGAAGUAUGUUCUGGUGGUUCAUAAAUUCUUUUUUAAUAUGCCAUUUAGUAUUGCCAUCAAAAUUUAGAAAGAUAUUAAGAAUGAAAGUAUUUAAAUAAAAGAAAAAAUGUGUCAGCCCUGGAGUAUUCUGGGUACGUUGACCAGAAAAUUCCCAGACUCUAGAAUCUGGCACUGUGUCAUGACAGACUUUCAAAUUUUGUUGCAAAGGACUGUUGUCAAGAACAGAGAUCACAACACACAAGUAUAUGGAAAUACACUGGAGAUGUGAGAAGUGUCCAAGAUUCAGAAUGCCUUAUAUGCUUAAACAUUAGUUAUGUAACCACAAAGAGCUGCCUUUCUUAGACCAGGCAGAACACUGACAAAAUGAAGACAGAAAGAAUCCAUGAGAAUCUGAUUUGUUCAUAUUUCCAAGACAAUACUCAGGAAUCCUCAAAUCACUGGGAGUGACUCCCAGCCCCUACUAUACACGUGUGCAAAGGGAUAGGAAAGAGAAUGGUGGUGCUCUUUCCUCUACUGGGAUGACAAGAGAAGGCAUGUUUCUUGUACUUAUCUGUAGUUUAUAAUUAUCCCUGUUUUUUUAGUGUGAAAAUGAGAUGAUUGUAAUUAAUCAGCCCAUGUUUUAUGAGGGAUUAUGUAAUACCCCUCAUUCUACCCUUCCACUAUUUCUCUGAUUUUGUUUGAAUACUUGAUUUUGAUGGAUAUUCAAGGUCACUAAUGUUGGCUUCUAUGUGUAGUAUCUGUGACCCUCAUCCAUUAAGUUUACCCAUAGACCAUAGUUUGCUAAACCCUGUGCUGGUGCAUGUCUCCAUUUUUUCAUGUGUUUUAAUCAUUUCAUCAGUUUCAUGGAGCAUAUGGUCAUAAUUUUUAAGACAAAUACCACACACUUAGUUGGCUUAACAUAAAUUUAUUAGCUUACAGUUUGAGACUAGAAGGCUUUGUUUCUCCCCAAAGACUGGCAUUUUGAUGUUGCCUUACUGGCAAUCCAGUAGUUUGGAUCCCUCUCUCACGUCCUCUCCUUUCUCUUCUGAGUUCUGUUAAUAUCCAGCAUCUGCUUCUACAUGUGGCUUUCUCUUCACAAAGCGUCCAGUAGUAGAACUAAUUUCCAACUUCAUUCAGUUUGUUCUCACCUUCACUAAAAAUUACAUCUUCACAAGAUUUUAUUUACAUGGUUUCACACCCACAGUAAUGGUUUAAAAUUUACACGUUUUUCUGGAGUACAUAAUUCAAUCUGCACAUUCUUAUAACUAUCCUAUAUUCCUUUUACUCUAAUCAUGGGAUCUAUAAUCUAUGUGUAUGUAUCUGUCUUCUGUCUUUUUCUAUUGAUCACAUUCUUUUAUGCUUUUCACGGAUCAUAUUUUUUAAUGUUAUAUCAAACAGGCAGAGAUUGAGGAUGAUGCUUUCCCUAUAGAAGUUGGCUGUUGCCUCUCUUAAGCAAAGGAAGGCUCAACAUUUUCUUCUCAGGAAUUGAAUUGCACUCUGCAGAUUGCGCACAGUCCAAUCCUCACGCCUUUAAGGUCAGCCUGUUUCUGUAUUUAUUGCAGGCAUCUUCAGAAGAAACAUGGAACUGCAGGAGGUAUUACGCAGCCUUUCUUUUCCAGCCCCAACUAAUAGACUGUGGGAGAAAUCAUCCCUGACUUUUAGGGUGCUCUUGAUUUUAUCCCACCCUCCAGCCACUCACAGCCCACAUGAUUUUUUAAUACCUUGGUAGCUUUCUGCUUACGGUUUUCAGAGUUACACUAAGUAAAUUCCUCCAUGUGGGGAAACGUCUCAGGAUUUCCGCUCUCCUCACAAGAGUACUUCCCUUUCUGAAGCUAAGUUCAUGUAGUCCUCUCUGUGCACAAUUCCUUGAUCCUUAAAAGCAUGUAUGUAUUAAUGGGUCAUUUAUUUAGUUGUUUGCCUUUAGUCACCACAUUCUACCUGGAAUCAGAAGUACCCAUAUUUUGCUUUUGGAAAAUGUCAACCUGUCCUCAACCCAGAAAGGCUGCCUCUUCCUUCUGGGACUUUAUAAUCUCACCCUGAAAAUUGUCAGACGCCUCAGCAGAAAAUCUAGUGUAGACUUUGCAUGCACCAUUCUGGUUCCAUUUUUCUCAGAGGUUAUAAACCCACAAGUCCUGUCUGUAAUCAUUGCUUUCCAGCUCCUUCUAAUAGCUGUUUUGACAUUUUUUCCAGGUUUAUCAUUGCUUAUGGGUCCCUGUCUAAUAAAUACUACUCAGUUGUAGUCACUGUAGAUACUUUGAGAGAGUGUGGUUAUGUGAGGAGUCUGUAUGGCUGUGUGAUAAGUGUAUAUGUGUAUGUUGUCAGGUAUUGGUGCAAUCAUUUGGAAGUUCUGUGCCUGCCUGUGUGUAUGUUUCUGUUUGCAUUUUCAACUGUGCAACUGUGUGGACUCUGUGGUCAUGUGUGUGUAGAAUUUCAGCAUAUGGGGAUAGAAGCAUGGACUUCCUGGCUUCAUUUAAACAUUCAGCUACCCCUGGAGCUCCAGUGAUUCUAACACAUACAGAAAGAGGGAUUUCAAGGGGCCAGGGAACAAUGAAAAAGUAGCUGUAACCUGAAAAGCACAGUGUUGAGGUGGUAGGGGACAGGGUCUUGACCACUGGGGACUGGAGUUCAGGGACAAAGAGAUGAGAAACUGGUGAGCUUGUUGACAUCAGUGGUUGUAGCCCUGUGAGGUAGUGUUUGAGGGGUUUGGGCAAAAGAUUGGGUGUCUGAUGACUGAGUUAUGGAGACUGGUGAAAAUGCUCUGGGUUUUGGAUUGGAGAAAGGAGAAUGUGAUUUGAGGGCCUUCUAGGGUAAAUAAAUGCCAUUGAGUGGGGCAGCACUUUUGGUGUCUCUAAGAACUCAUGACUGUCUUUUAAGUCAGUCAGUCGAGCAUCUGAAGGGUAAGCAGAUAUCAUCACUUUCUUUCUGGUCUUACAGGAAACAGUACUUCAUGUUGAAGACCAGAAUCUUCUUCAGGCGGUUAGAGUAUCCUGUACUUAGCAGUUCAGUGCAAAAAAAGCAGAAACCCAGGUGAUUCCUCUUGCCUUUUACCAAAGGCCCCAUUGGAGAGUGUCGGUAAGAACUCACUGAAGUCUUGUUGAACAAAGAUGUAACAUCCAUAAAUCUAUAAGACCCAUGGGCACUUUCAUUCUGAGGGAUCAGUUGUGGAGAACCAAUCCAUGAAGACAUAGCUUUGGAAGAAUUGUUCUUCAGAGCAUGAAUUUAUGUAUACUUUUCAGUUCACAUUAUACAUACAUUUAAAAUACUCUGCUUUCUUACUAAAAUUGGGACCACAACAAUUACAUCUGUUCUUACCACAACUUGCAUCUUAUGUAACAUUGAAAGACAAUGCUUUACCCUAGAGACCAAGGAAAGUCUGUCUUCUCUCAUCAUUUCUGUUCAUUUAUGGUUGAAAUCUGUAAGUAAUAAGCCAAAGAGUAGGGGAAAAAAACAAAGCUUGGUAAAGUGAAAGAAAACAGUAUUUGCACAGGACAUGGUUGGGUAUGUGGAAACCACUAUUUAGUAAAUUUAGGGAAGUCACAGUUUACAAAGUACAAAUAAAAUGAAAUUGGAUUUCUAUAUAGUAGUACAAUUUAAAAAUGUAAAAUGAAAUGUAAAGCAUUUACAACAGCACUAAUAUGGAAUGAUUUUAAUGGAAGAUGCAUAAAGCUCUAUACUGAAAAUUAAAAUACAGAAUUUAGAGAAAAUCUAAAUAUAUGGGCAAUAUACUAUAAAGAUGGACUCAAAACAGUGCCGUUAAGGCAUCAGAUCUCUCAGAGACAAUCUGUAGAUUCAGUGCAAUUCUAAUUUACAUCUUUUUUAUGAAAACUGGAGUAGGUGUUAUCCUACUGACACAGUCAUGUACUUUCUGUAACUAUGGAUACUGAAAUUCUUGGCGCCUACAUGAUGGAAAGUAUUCUUUGACACCCAGAUUAACAGUAACAUUUCAGCAUCAAUUUCAGGUGAUACACAAAAGCUGGUGGAAAUUUUAUUUUUUCAACGUAAGAUUAAAAACUCCACACUUGUAUGAAAUAAUUGUCCCUUAUGUAAGUUAAAAAAUUAUGUGAUGUGAUAUGAAAGUUUUUAUUUUGGAUAAAGAAGUAAAUACCUUUUAAAAAUACUCCACAGAAAGUGCUGCAUUAUGGGGCCUUAACAGUAGUUACAGUUAAAUGUCUUUAAUCCUAAUGACCAUUAAGGUUCAUUUCUAAAGCAUAAUUGGAUUAUUACUUCUUAAACUUUCUAAAUGUUGCAUCCUUUGGAACUGAUUUUUAAGGGUGCCUCUGCUCAUCAGGGCCUUCAGCACCUUGAUCAGGCCUGCUUGGUAAAGGGAUUACAACCAGAUACCAUACCCACUACAUAGUCCAAACCAGCUAAGUAGGUCAAAGGGAUGAAUUUCCCCAAUCUUGUGUAGGAUUUGAACUAAAAAUUUUUGAUGUCCUCUGUUUCUCACAGUAUGACCUGAUUUGUGAAAUGUGAAAACAUUUCUCUCCUAGCAUAAUGCAAGCACCCUCCAUUUGCACCAUCAUAGUGUCCACACUACAGUUUUGGAGGUCAAGGGAUGCUGCACUCUAUUGUUCUAGUAGCUCCAAUGAAUCAAGUAUAGAAUUAAAUUCUCUUACAAUAAUAUUUGGUAGGUUAUUCAUAGCCUUUUGUUGUACCCUGUUUCCAGGAAUGAUGAUACACACUACCUGAUUGAGGGUACUGUUGUAUUGCAGAUUUAUCUCUUGUGCAAUGGCAACAAUAUGCAAAACAGCCCAGAUUGCUGAUUUUAGAGGAUAUGUUUCUUUCCCAACUGAUGUUGGGAACUACAUAUACUAAACUGCAUUGCCCACACUCACCCCCCGUCCCCAGUAGGGGGAAAAGUUUUAUACAAAUGAACACCCCCAUAUAAUAAAAUAUCCAGCUUUUCUUAAUGCUAAUGUUAGUGUAGUUCCCUUGACCCAGUAGUUAUGUGACAUAUGGUAAGUUAUCUCUUUUUGUUAGCUGGUGGUCUGCACAUUGUCUAUCUCUAUAACAUUCAGUAAAAGUCCAUCUGGCCACUUUAUAUGAACAGUACACAUACUGAUGUUGAUAUAGAAGGCCCUCCUUCCUGGCAAUGCAGCUAAAUGGGAUGCUGCCAUUGCCAGACUUAAGGUCUACCCAAACAACUAUGUGGGGCUUUUCUCUUAGGGUGACACUCAUAGAUUUCCAGGUUGAUGUGCUGCAUAUACUCCAGCUGUAGCUUCAGGUACAGUAUAUUGGCAUAUUUUUUCAUGCACUGCAGUAUUUUGCCAAUAAUAACAUUAAAUUUGGGCUCAGAAGUACUAUCCUCAGAAUUAUACCACACAAUAGUCAUUAGGAACUUCUGUUAGGUAUGGUCUGCUGCCAUUUGUAUUUUUGGUACAGAGGGAGAAGUUCUCCAAAGUUAGGGGAUUCCAUAUGGGAAGUUCUUGGGUUUGGAAAGGCAUCUUCCAUGUCCAGUGGAGUGUACCAUACUCAUCUAGAAAGUGGUUUCCUCAAGACAUUAUGUUGUACAUCCUGUGUGGUCCACUAAAUUAAAAGUUUGGCUGGAAUGAUGAGAGAUGGUCUGUCAUUGCAAUUCAAGUGGUGAAGUUCUGACAGAGCCAGAAUUUGAUUGGUAGCUCUAGCAAAAGCCUGUAUCAUCAGCACCAAUGGAUGAUGGGAUUGUCCAUCAUUGUGAGAUAACCUGGGAAGAUAGACAUAUACCAUCCCAGAAGUAAAGGCAAAUGUGCUUUUGCCAAAUUACAUGAGAUGAGGCUGCUCACAUGUGGCCACCCAGGCUGUCCAAGCCCAAAAGCCACAACUUCUGUGGGGACUCAUUGCCCCAGACAUUCCAGCCUUGGUCAUGAAAUUCUGGGAGUGAAGUCACAUCCUGAACAAGUUUGGCACAGCCUAUGAUGUCACAUUCCUGUACCAAAAUUUCAAGGUUCCCAGAUACAACCAGUGGAACCUUAUUGUCUUGUGUUCUGUUGCUUCAUCCACCAUGCCCAUGGAGUCCAAGUUGGAAUCUCGGUCCCUUGCAGUAUACCACUGCAGCCCACUCUACAAACCACCCCCAAGGAGUGUGUUCCAGCAGAAAAAAAAAUUGUACUGAGAUUGGGAUUCUGCAGGCAUAGCAUAAUUAGGUGACUGCCUGCCCAUCCACCCCUCCAAGCUCCAUAUUUUCCAACAUAAGUUGUGGUGCCAAAUUUCCAUUCCAGUGGAGUGCAAGUGUUCAAUAACCAAAUAGCUUUAGUUACAUGGGAGUACCACCUGGUAUGUUGUUAUUCCUGAUGGCCUUUGUGAAUUUGUUUUUAAGUUGACCAUUCCAAUGUACUUUCUCUCUGCUUGGAGGUCAGAGGGAACAUGAAAGGUCCAUACUGUGCAAUAGGAGCAUGCCAAUUGCUGGGUUGCUUGUGGUGUGAAUGAGGUAUUUUGAUCUGAUUAGAGGCCAAUUGGAUAUCCAGAAACAUGGCAGAGGUGAUUCUCCUAGGCUGCAGUGGUAUUCCUGGGAUUCCAAAUGGUGCUCAAGAAUUGCACCCCCAUAUCUGGACUAUAUGUCUACAGCAGUGAGACACCAUCAGAAUGCAUGAUUUCAUAUAGGCAGUCCAAUGUGGUCAAGUUGCCACACUUGUGUUGGGCUUAAGCAUCAGCUGAUAUGGCACUGUAUUCACCAGGCUGCAUGUCCUGGGAUCAUUGUUAGGAGUCAUAAGAGUGUGCUGUUGUCUUUGGCCUCUGCUUCAUCUAGAAAGAGUCCCCAGAAUUUGGUCCAUUAGUGUAACUGAGGUGGCAUACCAUGUCCUGUUCUGUGGUGGAUCCAGCAAUUAUGUUGUGUGCAUGCUUCCUUGGCAUGGGAAUUCCAUUCAUGUUCUGCUUCAAAUGACCCUUUACCAUGGGCAUCAACAUGGAUGACAAAUAGAUCUCCUUCAUGCUCAAAGCUGCUUUCAUAGCAUUUGUCCCACAUGGGAGAGUUUCUUGUAGUCCAACCAUUGAUUUGAUGGUCACCAGACAAUACAGCUAACCCAAUUUUAACAGCCCAUGUGUCUGUAAACAUGUAGCAGAAAGUUGUUGGAGUGACCUGCAUAGCCAUCACCACCACAUAGAUUUCAGCCAACUGGGGAGAACAUCCUUUCCCAGUCUCAGUCAAAAGGUGGCCAUCACUGGGACAGAUGGCAGCCAUAGCCCAAUGAACUCGAUCACCUUUUGAGUUUUGCAUUUUCCACUGUGAAUCAAGCCGUACUAUCAGUAGGAACAUCUUUGAACUGUGGGCCCAUUUAGCCAAGAAAGUGGCAGGACCAUUCCUUAGUGGGGCAUGCAAUGGGGAUGUCAUCAAUAUAGUGCAUGACAAGGGCUUCUGGGGGUAAUUGGCAAGUCUAGCCCUAAGCACUUGUGAUGUACUGCAGGGGAACUGAUACAUCUCUGAGGAAGUAUAAUUAAUACGGCCUUUCUCCAUGAAUGCUAAUUGGUCCUGAUCUUAAUCCUACAAAGGAAUUGAAAAAAAGGCAUUAGCCAGGUCAAUAACCCAUGUAUGGGUUUCAACCUUGUCAGUGAUAGCAAUGAUAUCAGCCAAGGUGUCAUCUCAACAUUUAAUCUGUCAUAAUCUAUUGUAAGCCUUCAGUCUCAAGGCCUUUUUUAUGUGUCAGAAUAGGCUAUCAAAUUGAUAUUGAACACUCCUGGCAGCAUGUUCUGAAACAACAGGAUAAUAUCCUUUGCCCCACCUGGGAGGCUGUACUGUUUAGUGGAAUAACCCAGUGGUGCUUGGGUAACUUCGGUGGCAAAGGGUACUAGACAUGCCCCAUAGUUAUGUCUUAAAUUCUUUGUUGUGAGGGGUUGUGCCCCUCAAGUGGCAGUAGUAUUCCUUGCCAUAAGCAACAAAAAUGUCAAUAUCUAUAAUACACUUAGAGGGAACUGAUUAUUAAUGCCAGAAAUGGCCCAUAGGACCCCACCCACAAGCACACAUGCACUGGCCUACCAGUGGUCACCAUAUCUGUUCCAAAAUCUCCUAAUGUCACCAGCUUGCCCUUGCUGCUGUGGGACCCAGGAUCACUGUUAAUAUAUCUAAAAUUCCCAAGAACAUUUGUUUCCUCCCUUUUCCCCUUCUAACCAACUGGACACAGAGCCACAAAACCCUAGUUGCAACCCAGGGACUUGGCCACACACCUAGUCAUUCUUUUUAAAGGGAGUAAGAUCAGGGUACAGGUAUGGGAGAAAUCAAGCUCCCUAACCUAGUCAUCAUAAGUCAGAAUUGUCUUGUUCAUUUUCCUGGUCAGAGCACAGAGAAGCCUUAGUAACUGUUUUAGUUUGCUAGGCUACUCAAAGCAGACACCUGAAAUGGGGUGGCUUUUAACAAUGGCAAUUUUUAGCUUACAGUUUUGAUGCUGAGAAAAACGUCCAAAUCAAGGCAUCAUGAAGGUGAUACUUUCUUCCAAAGACUGGCUACCAGUGAUCCUUGACUCCUGUACCACAUGGUAAGGCUGCAUUGUGGUAUCUGCUAGUCUCUCUUCUCUUCUGGGUUUCAUUGCUUCCAUGGCUUUCUGACUCUUAUAAUGGACUGCAGUAAAAGGAUGAAUACCCACCCUGGGCCACAUCCUAUGGAACUAACCUCAUAAAAAUUUCUACUUACAAUAGAUUUAUGCCUACAGAAAUGAAUUAGCUUUAAGAACAUGGUUUUCUGGGGUACAUACUGUUGCAAACCAACACAGUAGCCCAUGUAUCCUUCCUCCCUGUAAAGAUUCUAAAUCUUAGAAUUGGAAUCUUAGAUUUAUAAAGCUUUCCAAUCCUGUGAGCUCUCUUCCUCCUCCUUUAUGGCUCAUACCAGGGCCUUAACCUCUGAGAGGACCCCUUCUGCCUGAUAGCACUGGCAGAGUUGUUCUGCAGGGGUCCCAUCAAUUUCUUCUUUGUCUAUUUCCUGUUUUAGUAAGUGAAUCCAUUUGGACAUGUAGGUGGGUGCUGUGGACCUUGGCUCCUCUUUUGUUUUCCCCUGGUCAGUCUCUGUGUCAACCUUUUGGAAUGGUUUCCUGCUUCCAGGCUUCUGUCCAUCGUGGGAAGACUUAGUGUAAAUGGUUUAAGCCAUGCUGCCAUCUCCACCCCAAAAUAGGGUGUUGCAGUGGAGCUUUUCUACCAAUCCCCCUAUCUUCAGGGAUAACAAAAGGAACAGGGGUCUCUUCUAACUUCUGUAUUUCACUCUUGAAAAUGACCUCAUUUAUCAAUUUCAUUUUAAGCAAUGUCAUGGGGUUAUUGGCCCUGAGUGAAAAUGGGUAUAAUUUGGGGCCCACAAUAGCCUGGACUAGGUUGACUUCCCUAUGUGGGGUCCUCAGACCUGUGGGUUUCAUUCACAACCCUUGAGACACCAUUAAUGUUGGAUGAUGUAUGAGCACACCCAGCAGCCAGGGUGUAUUUCCCUACAUUUUGAGGGGUCACCUCCCACAUCUCUGCCCUCAUUGAACAUACCAAUUCAUACCUAUUAACAGGGAGAUUGCUUACAUCCCACUUGUUCCCAUGUGUCCAGGGGGAGGUUAGCACACAGUCAGCCAAUCAUCUUCCAAGCUGGGACCAUAAUGGAAUGACUGAACUGAUGGUCUCAUGCAUCCACCAUGAUUUGGGUUGCUUUCUUAGUGACUCUUCUAGCUGUGCCACACUUCUGAGUGAAGGAGGGAGUCUCAAAGCAUGGAGAAUGUAAAAAAUAUGUCCACCCAUUCCAUGCAGGUCUUGGGGUCUCCAGUAAAAUACAAGUCACAACAGACAUUGAAUGGAACAAUAUUCACUGUCAUAGAGAAGAGACAAAGGAAGGUCAAUUUCACCAGUUCACGUCAUUUCCCCAUGGCCAGUGGGUCUUGCUCUGCAGCUGAUUCAGGUAGAUAGUCUUCAUGCACCACUCAUGUGUAGGUUAGAGGCCCUGCUCCCCACCCCACCACUGGAAACAUACCAGCAAAUCUUGGCCAAGUGCCAUAAAAUACACAUACUUGGCUAAGCAGUCUCCAUGAAGUUUUACAUAAUGCUCAGAGCAAAAAUGGCAAGGAAUGUGACAGCCAGCCACUAAGUGCUAGUGGAUGUGUUUUCUCUCCAAGCACCCCAAGGAGAGAGUCAGCCCAUAUUUAUCAUUCUUGAAGACUAUCACUAUCAGGGUGGCAGUUUUGCUUUUGAUUUACAGUUUUCAUAAGAAAGGGGAGGUUCAAAAGCAUCCACCUAUUCUAGUUUGCUAUAAAAUCUCUUAUCCCAUAGGCUAGGUAUCCAGAGAAGUUUAGCCAUUUCUUGAGGAAAAUGCAAUUUAGUUAUGCAAAUUAAGGAAAGGAAAUGGAAAACAAAACACAAUUGAAUGUGGAACACACUGAUCAGAAUCUGUUUUAUCUUCCUGCUGAAAUAUUUAGUGUCCCAAGGAAUUCAUGUUGGGUCAGAAGCACUAUCCAAAAGUCUCUGAACAUGUAAAUUUAAUGUUCUGGGAAUGCCCAAGAAUGGCUAUGGUCUGUUAAUUUCUGAUGGGUAUGAUAGGAACAAGUUCACAGAAAUGUUGCUAUAUUAGGUUAUUUUCUUGGGGUAGAGUAGGAACA